AUGGGUCUUCCAACGAUAAUUGGUAAGUCUAAAACCCAAGUGUUCAGAUUUGUCAAAGAACGUGUUUGGAAGAAACUCAAAGGAUGGAAAGAAAAAACUGUGUCUCGUGCAGGUAGAAAGGUGUUGAUUAAAUCUGUGGCUCAGGCGAUUCCUUCAUAUGUGAUGUCCUGUUUCAUUUUGCAUGAUGGCCUUUGUGAGGAGAUAGAGAGCAUGAUUGCUCGUUUCUUUUGGGGGGGGGAUGCCUGUUUACAUUGGAUGAGUUGGAAUAAACUUUGCCGGCCCAAACUCAUUGGGGGUCUCGGCUUCAGGAAUUUUAAGCACUUUAAUUUGGCCUUGGUGGUGAAAAACUGGUGGCGCAUUCACACUUCUCCAGAAACUUUGUUUGUUCGAGUUUUUAAGGCUGUAUAUUUUUCAGGGAGUUCUAUUGUUGAGGCUAAAAGAGGUUAUAGACCGAGCUACGCCUGGUCUAGCAUUUUGAAGAGUAAGUGGAUGUUUGAACAAGGAAGGUGCUGGCGGGUGGGGAAUGGCACUAAAAUUCGUAUUUAG